AUGAGCAGCGGAGAAACACCUCCUAUUAGUUCUAGUGCCGGGUUUGUUAACGUCGGUGCUAGUAGUGGAUCUGCUGAUACUGAAAAUGAGACCGUUGAUGAUAAAGCACCAUUGUGGAAAUUUGUGAAGAAGAUUCAAAAAAUGGCAGGUGGAGGAAGUUGGAGGUGGCAGUGCAAUUUUUGCAAAUUGCACUACAACGGGUCUUAUACUAGAGUUCGUGGUCAUUUGUUGAAAGAAGGAACAGCGGGGGUGGCAGUUUGCAACAAGGUUACUCCUCAUGCAUUUACUCAAAUGUCCAAGUUGGUGAGAGAAUGCAAGGAGAGACUAAUGAAUGCAGCUCCUAAACAAGUUCCACUACCAUCAUCAGGACAACAACGGGGGAGUUCCGCCACAAGUAGCUAUGGGAUGAGUUAUUAUGCCUAUACACAAGCACAAACAGCAAGUGAUGGUGGAAAGAAGAGGAAAACAACUGUUGGUUCAGUUGAAAAGGCCUUCCAAAACUCAGCUAGGGAGCAAUGCGAUAGUGAGGUUGCAAGGAUGUACUACACCGGUGGCUUAUCUUUCAACCUAGCUAGAAAUCCACACUAUCGAAACUACUACAUUCGUGCUUCUACCCUUCCAGGCUACAUUCCACCAGGCUACAAUGCUCUAAGGACCACACUUCUUGCAAAAGAAAGGAAAAAUAUUGAGCAUCAUUUAGAGCCAAUCAAGAUUACAUGGAAAGACAAAGGUGUGAGUCUUUGUAGUGAUGGUUGGUCUGAUGCACAAAGAAGACCAUUGAUUAAUGUGAUAGCCACUUAUGAGAGUGGUCCGAUGAUGUUGAGGGCUAUAAACUGUGAGGGGGAAUUCAAGGAUCAUGCAUUGAUUGCAGACUUGAUUAUAGAUUCCAUCAAGAAAGUGGGUUGGGAAAAUGUUGUGCAAGUGAUUACCGACAAUGCUCCAGUUUGUUCCAAGGCCGGUGCCUUGAUAGCAAGUAAGUAUCCUACUAUUUUUUGGACACCAUGUGUAGUGCAUACUUUGAAUCUUGCUGUCAAGAAUAUUUGCACACCUUCAUUAGUUGCAAGCAAUGCGGAUGUGUUUGAUGCAUGUUGUUGUUUACAGCCAGUUUCUGAGGAUGUUAUGUUUAUCAAGAACUUCAUUAUGAAUCAUGGAAUGAGAUUAGUGAUGUUUAAUGACCAUUGCAAUUUGAAGUUGCUUUCGGUUGCUCCCACAAGGUUUGCAUCUACGUUAAUCAUGCUAAAGAGGUUUAGGCAAAUCAAAAAUGGUUUGAAACAGAUGGUCAUCAGUCCAAAGUGGGAUGAUUACAAAGAAGACGAUGUUAGGAAGGCAGCUUCUGUGAAAGAGAAAUUAUUAGAUGAGUUGCUGUGGGAUGACAUUGAUUACAUCAUUUCUUUUACUGAGCCUAUCUAUGAGAUGAUCAGGAGAGCAGACACUGAUAGGCCUUCUCUUCAUUUGGUGUAUGAUUGGUGGGAUAGUAUGAUUGAGCAAGUGAAGAAAGCUAUCUAUAGGAAAGAAAGGAAGCAACCUCAUCAAGAGUCUCCAUUUUGGGAUGCGGUGUAUUAUAGUUCGGAAUGGCUUAGUGAAGAUACUAAUCGGGUUGCUCCCCACAAAGAUUUAGAGAUUACAAGGGAGAGGAAAAAUUGUAUCCUUAGAUACUUUGCCAAUGAAGAUGAUCGAAGAAAAGUUAACAUAGAAUUUGCCAAUUUUUAUAUGUGCAUGCAAGAGUUUGGAAGUGGAGAUGCUAUGAAGGAUAGGUUUAUUAUGCAGCCUAUAACAUGGUGGGCUGUCCAUGGAGCUUCGGCACCAUCUCUUCAAGCCAUAGCCUUCAAUGUUCUAGGUCAACCUUGUUCUUCUUCAUAUUGUGAAAGAAAUUGGAGUACUUACAAUUUGAUUCACUCUGUGAGGAGGAACAAGAUAACACCACAAAGAGCGGAAGAUUUGGUGUUUGUGCAUACCAAUCUUCGCCUUUUAGCUAGAAGAAGCCCAAGUUACAAUGAGAGUGCAACUAAAAUGUGGGAUGUUGGAGGUGAUGAGUUUGAUUCUUUGGAAGAGACUAAUGUUGGAAGGCUUGAGAUUGCUAACCUUUUACUUGAUGAACCACAAUUAGAGGGGGUUUUGUUUAAUGUUGAUCAUGAAGAUGAAGACCUUGAGGAUGUUGUCCAAGUUGAAUGA